AUGCGCAUUGAGAACGAGGAUGAACUGCAACUUAUUGUGGCGGACGAGCAGCUCUCAAGUCUUGAGGAUGUAGUGAGAAGCAUGCCGAGAGCACAAUACCUCAACGUGGCGUUCAACUGUAUCGGUAGUUUGCGUGAACUGGAGAAGAUGAAGGAGCUUCGCAGUCUCGACGUCUCGCACAAUUCUGUCGAGAGUUUGCAGGAGGUGGCUACGCUAUCAAACCUCUUGGUGCUGAAGUGCUCAAGUAACCAGAUCGCCGAUCUGAGCUGGAUAGCGGGGUUACAUUGCCUCGAGGAGCUCUGGAUAAGAGGCAACCGCAUUGAGAGUGCGCAGCUGGCUCAUUUGCAGCAGCUCACUUCGCUUCAGACGCUGGUUAUUCACCCGAACCCAUGUACUGAACGAGGCGACUAUACUUUGGCGAUUCUUAAAGUUCUUCCGUGGCUGCAGCGAGUUGAUACGGUUAGCAUCACGGAGGAACUUCGAGAGGAAGCGAGACAUAUAGAAGAAAGAGAAGAUUUGGAUUCUGGAGCAACCGAUUGCUCACUUUUCUCUCUAUCAGAGCGUUCUGAUGAUCCAAGGUCGAACGAAGAUUCAGAAGACAUAUUAACCACAGCACUAGCACCGCCUGCUCCAUUGAGUAAGCCAGCGAAGACAAAGAAACAGGUGUCCUCGCUGAUGACAGCCGAAGAAUUUUUGCGAGCCUUUCCAGUUCAGGACUUCAUUCCUGUCGACAACAAUGAAAAAUCAACGGAGAUACUGGAGAGCCAGUCGAUGAGCGCUGAAAAUGAAAAUGCGCUGCAGCCCAACAUUGCAGAUUCUCUUGUAUCUACUCAUGCGAAAAUCGAUGGCAAUCGGAAAGAUAGUGCUAAAGCUGAACAGGGAAUUGUUACCAAUGGAAAUUUGCUGCAGAGUGACAACGGAGUCCACGAUUUACCAAAAACGGGGGAUGAUGCCAAGCCUUGUGGAAUAUUGGACUCGGUGCUGACGCUCCCAACAUUUGACAACAAUAGUUACCUCAAGAGGAAGAUGCCUUUGUCUCAAUUACCCGGCACAAGCAAAUCAAAGCAACGCUCCAAGGCCAAGUUAGCUACAGCAACACCUACUGAGCAAACUGUACCGAUUCACCAAGAGCACGAGUAUACUGUAGCGUAUCCGAACAGCACAGUGACUGCCGUUCAGGUGCGGCGUGAUGGCUCAGCGAUUGCUCGGUGGCCUUCUGGGAGCGUAGCGAUCAGCGUCGACUUCGAGACUUCAGCAGAUCGUAGCGGAUACCGAGUUUACGCAGCUCAUAAGGAUGGCCAGUUAGCUUUGAGCUUCGACCCCGCGGGUGUGGGAUUUUUGAAUGCUUAUCCAAGUGGGAAGACAUUACUAUCGACGACGUCCGAUGGAAAUGGAUUGCUAUUUGACAUUGGCUCUGGUGCAAUUCUUCGUCAAUGGGAUGCAAAAGGUAACCUUCGAGAUGGCACGUGUCAACCAGCUGAUACUCUGGGAAGCGAGCCUGACGGUUCAAUGCUUUGCCGUCUAAGCGAGCACCUUGCUGUUCGCAUCCAACUCGCACACUCAGGAACGGCUCAGCCGGAACGUACCUGCAACAUGAAGCAAGAAACCAAUUCCACAGUGAACCCGAUCGCGCUGCAAAUUUAUUUCGCAGGAGCAGCAGGGAUUCGUCACGUAUUCGCAAAUUCUGCUAACCGAGCCGAACGUUGCAACCCCGAUGCUUGUGAUGAUGCGCUUGGGAGAUCCUCGUUAAAAGGAGGCAUGGCUAAGGCUGCUAGGCCAAAACCACCGCCUUUAGAGCACACCGAUUUAUUGAGUAGUAUCCGCGCUGCAGUUGCUGGUCUGUAA